AUCGACAUUGAUACAAUGAAAGAAACAGAACAUUUAACAAUCCAAACGAUAAUAGAAAGAAAGAUGGUGGUGACGGCGGCGGCUUUUGUACGUCAACAGCUCAUGACUGUUGCAUGUUCCGGUGGUUCUCAUAAAGAUCAAGCAGAAAAGUAUCGGGCGGUUUUGGAUUCGAUACUAUUAUUGUCCAAUGAAGAAAUGGUUGAUGCUUUGAAGAUAUUCAUUGAAGCAAUUGUACAUGAAUAUGUAAGUUUGGUGAUCUCAAGACAAGUUCUUACAGAUGUUAGCAAUCGUUUAUUGUUUUUGCCUGAUGAAAUAUCAAAAGCUGUUUCACAUUAUACAUUAGACAAAAUUCAACCAAGAGUAAUCUCGUUUGAAGAACAAGUUGCUAGUAUAAGACAACAUUUAGCAGAUAUUUAUGAACGGAACCAAAAUUGGAGAGAGGCAGCUAAUGUUUUAGUUGGCAUACCAUUAGAAACAGGACAAAAGCAAUACACGGUUGACUACAAACUUGAAACUUAUCUUAAAAUUGCACGAUUGUACUUAGAAGAUGAUGAUCCUGUACAAGCUGAAGCAUUCAUCAAUAGAGCAUCUCUGUUACAGGCUGAAUCAAAAAAUGAACAGUUGCAAAUUUAUUACAAAGUUUGUUAUGCUCGGGUAUUAGAUUAUAGAAGAAAAUUUAUUGAAGCAGCUCAAAGAUACAAUGAAUUAUCAUAUAGAUCCAUUAUACAUGAAGAUGAACGUAUGACUGCACUUAGGAAUGCUUUAAUUUGUACAGUACUAGCUUCUGCAGGACAACAGAGAAGUCGUAUGUUAGCUACAUUAUUUAAAGAUGAACGUUGCCAGCAACUUCCUGCUUAUUCGAUUCUUGAAAAAAUGUAUUUGGAUCGUAUUAUUCGACGUUCCGAAUUACAAGAAUUUGAAGCCUUAUUACAACCACAUCAAAAAGCAUGUACAAUCGAUGGAUUGGGAUCAACUAUUCUCGACCGUGCUGUUAUAGAACAUAAUUUAUUAUCUGCUAGUAAAUUAUACAAUAACAUAACAUUUGAAGAAUUGGGUGCUUUGUUAGAAAUUCCACCUACCAAAGCAGAGAAAAUUGCUAGCCAGAUGAUAACAGAAGGUCGAAUGAACGGAUACAUUGACCAAAUAGAUUCUAUUGUACAUUUUGAAACACGUGAAACUUUGCCAACGUGGGAUAAACAGAUACAAUCUCUAUGUUAUCAAGUAAACCAAAUAAUAGAAAAAAUUGCUCAAACCGAACCAGAAUGGAUUGCGAAUGCGAUGGAAAAUCAAAUGGUGGAUUAAUAUAAACUUUUUAAGUGUUAACUUAACACAGCCACACGGAACAUCGGACAAACAUUUGUUACAUACACCAAUAAAAAUUUAGAGGCAAUAAGGAUUGUUACUAUAAUUUAACUCUACAGGAAAGCUUGUAUAUUUCAAAUACGUACGAUUCAACAUGCCUGUUAAUUUUUAUGUUAAUAUGCAUGAAGUCAAUUUUUAUAUGAACAAUAAAUAAAUUUUGAUUUGUUAUGGAUACAGUUAUAAGCAUUAAGCAAAUUUGCAAAAACAUUAAACAAUUUAGGUUUUCUCACUGUAGUUAGUUUAUUAUUUAUGAAAACUAAAAAUUAAAUAUAAAACUAUAAAUAAAUUUUAUUAACGAAAUA